AUGGCUUUUGAGUCUGAAAAAGCAGCCGAACCCAUUCAGGUUCGUGUUGGCGUCAAACGUCGCAAUUUCGCGUACGUCGACUUCACUAAGCACCGUCUUCAUGAAGGAGAGCCAGAAAUAGUUAUUUCUGGAUUGGGACGUGCCAUUUCGGACGCUGUUGCUGUUGCAGAAAUACUGAAGAAUCAAGGCCUUGUUCUUGUUAAGAGGAUCACUACUUCGCGUGGGAACAUUAAGUCUUCUUUUACGUCAUUGAUUGACAAAGUUGAGAUAUUGGUUGGUAAGUCAAAGGAUUUCGAUACCAUAUACGAAGAACAGCAGAAAAAGAAGAACGAAGCUGCUGAAAAGAAGGAGUAA